UUUUUCUUUCUUUCCUCCAUUGUUUCGACUCACCAAAGAAACCUAAAACCCCAACCCCCCCAAACUCAGAAUUGAUAAAAAAAAUCCCUAAAUUAUCGGAAUUGAAGGUGAAAAACGACCCUUCUUUCGCUUCUGGGUUUGAUCCCACUUCAACUGUCUGCUGAAAUGCCUCAGACGGCUAUCGAAGCGCAAGUUGAGGAUGGUGGGUCUGCUUCCAAGCCACAGCGCAUCAUCAAACUUAGCAAAACCACUGAUGAUAGCGACAAAAAGGGUACAAACAAGAGAGUUAAAGAUAUUGAGAUUUGUGUUCCAAUUGUUUAUGGAACUAUUGCUUUUUAUCUCGGUCGAAAGGCUAGUGAGUCGCAAUCACAUAAGUGGACUGUUUACGUGCGUGGGGCAACAAAUGAAGAUCUUGGAGCAGUGAUAAAGCAUGUUGUAUUUCAACUUCAUCCCAGUUUCAAUAACCCUACAAGAAUUGUUGAAGCACCACCUUUUGAGUUAUCAGAAUGUGGUUGGGGUGAAUUUGAAAUUGGCAUUAGCAUUUUCUUCCACAGUGAUGUUUGUGACAAGCAUUUGGAUUUGUAUCACAUGUUGAAGUUGUAUCCUGAAGAUGAAUCUGGCCCACAGUCUACCAAGAAACCUGUCGUUAUGGAAUCAUACAAUGAGAUUGUUUUUCCAGAUCCUUCUGAGUGUUUCUUUGCUCGUGUGCAAAAUCAUCCAGCUGUUGUUGUGCCGCGGAUGCCUGCUGGGUUUAGUUUGCCUGUUCUGGCACCAGUUGAAAAUACAAAUGAGAAGGGAAGGGGCGAUACCAAGGAUCAUCCACUCAGUCAGUGGUUUUUGAAUUUCUCAGAGGCAGAUGAAUUGUUGAAACUUGCCUCAGCUCGUCAGCAGGUGCAAGCCCAUAUUGUUAAGCUGAGAAGAGAGUUGAGUGUGAUUGAUGGGAUGCCUCAACCUCUAAAACCGGCCUCCAGUUACGAAUGUACAUGAUGAUCAUGGUAGGUUACCAUCGGAGUUCAUUUGUUGGGUUUCUAUUAUGGCUUACAGAGUGAACUGUGAUGAAGAUGUAGGGCUGUGGAUAUUAGAUGUAUCAACCUUAUUUCUUAGAUUUAGUUGUAACUCAUUUCCUCAAGAGAACUGAUUGUAGCUAAAUAGUAUAUGCUAAGUUGUUAACAACAGUAGAUGAUUGUGUAGCUCAUUGUGAACCUAUGAAAUGAAAGAAAACAUAUGCAACUUUCUAUUUUAUUUGUAAACAGUUUACUUGAUGUGAUUGAUCAGGGAUUGAAGAAAGAUGAUGAAAUUGUUUAA